CCUCCCCUCUUCUACUCUUCCACUUCGUCUUCUUCCUUUUCCUACCCUCCGCACCCACUCCUUCUUCACGACACCUUCCCUUCCUGUAGCUGGAGCAAUCAGCAGUAUCAAAGAGUUCCUCGACCUCUCCUUUGAUCCCUUCACACCUCCUCCACCUCCUGCCUAAAGGUCGUCAAUCCACAUACCCUACUAUUCGACUGUGCUCCCCACCCUUUAAUGAUCCAUUCCCUUCACCAUGCCCUCUUCUAAAACCUCUCUUGCGGAGCUCACCGAGAAACAACCCCCUUAUACUGACGCAGAGGCCGAGUACAACAGCAUCACAGACGACAAUGAGUAUCACUUGCCCCACAGUGAGAAGCGGCCCCAUGACUACACUGUUAACGACAACGACGACCACGAGUCCUUCAAGGACUACGAAUACGAGUCGGCACAUAAACCACAACAGAAGCCAUUCUACCGACGCAAAAGAGUGAUCGUCCGGUGCGCUAUUGGCACAGUCAUCUUUCUGGCAGCGUUCAUCCCUCUCUUGAUCUUUGUUAUCCUGCCCAAGGUGGCCCAGUCCCUGCUCAAUUCGUCUACCAUGCAGAUCAUGCAGCUGAACAUGACCAACCCCGGGGAAUCCGCCCUCACAGUCUCGGUGUCUGCGGAGGUCGGAGGGAUUCCAAAGAUCUUUUCCGCAGAUAUGGAGUUUACAGAGCCGGUGAUGGUUCAUUGGCAGGAACAGCUUAUUGGAUCCAUGAGCUUGAAUCCUGUGCAUGUCAAGGGUGGCAAGGGAGACAUUAUGCAGGUUACUGGGUUCACGAUUGAGGAUAAGAAUGCCUUUGCGGCCUUUGCUAAGGAUAUGCUGGCUUCCGAUGGCUUCGCAUGGACCCUGACCAGCAAGGCCACCCUCAAGACCCUGGGGCAGACAAUCAAGGAUCUCGAGGUCAACAAGGUGCUGAACAUGAAUGGUCUGAGUAACUUCUCCAACUUGAAGAUCCUCAAGUUCGAUCUGCCCGCAGAUGCUCCCGACGGCGCCCUUGUCGCCAUCCAGGCCUCAAUUGCCAAUCCCUCACCUAUUGGAAUGACUCUCGGCACCAUUACUCUUGACAUGAACUUCGAGACCGCGUACCUCGGACGUGUGGUCGCCAAGAAUGUCACCCUCGUCGGCGGACAGCCCAUGAUCUUGAACCUUGAGGGAACCCUUCUAAAGCAAACAGAACCAGUCCACCUCCAGGAGCUGUCUCUACUCAUGUCCAAUUAUCUGAACGGCGUUGUCACUCCAGCCUCUGCUACGGGUGUCUCUGUCUUCCCUGACGGCGUCAACGCUGUCUCUUGGUUGACCUCGGCCAUCCUGGCUACCAAGAUGACCGUCCCUCUCGUCUCGCCUGAGCCCCUGAACGUCAUCCAGGGUUUGGAUAUUCAGGAUAUGGGUUUGAUCGUCCGUCCUGAGGCGCCAUGGGCACCCACUGCCAACUCGAACUCGGUAUCUGCUGUCUUCAAAUUACCUUUCAACAUUUCUCUCAACAUCACUGAGCUCGCGAAUGCCACAAUGACGCUGAUCUACAAGGGCACACCUCUUGCGGAUUUGACGACCGCUGUGUGGAACCAAACCACAUCUGAUAUGAAGAACAACAAGAUUGUGUUCACACUGCCUCCCUCCCCCCUGAACGUCAAGGAGGACGCACACGAGGCGUUCCAGGCAUUUUUGACUGACGUUGUUCAAAACUUAGACUCUGGUUUCGACAUCAAGGGUAGCGCGGAUUCUGUUGCCACGACCCCCAUGGGCAUUGUUCGUCUCAAGGUUCCUUUCGCUUCCACAAUCGCCUUGAAGGGCAUCGGUUUCGCUUCGGUCUCCCCAACGAUAUCCAACGUGACAGUAAUUGCCGGAUCGACAGAGUAUGUUACCCUGUCUGCCAACGUCGGCAUCAACAAUCCCUCCAUCUUCUCGGUCGAUGCUGGUCCAGUGAACUUGCAGAUCAGUGGUAUCGCCGGUGGUAUGAGUGGUGUCAUGGGAGACGUUAUUCUCCCCAACCUCAAGUUCGCGCCGGGCUUGACAACUUUGAUCGCUCAGGUCCGUUUUCACCCCUCGGAUCCAGCGUUCCGCGACAUGUUCUUCUCUCAAUUCGUCGCGGGCGCUACCUUUGAUUGCGUCAUUACUGGAGACGCUCAAUCGACCUCAAUCACGUCCAUGGCGCCAGUAAUGGAAGCUCUUUCGAUGAAAACCAAAGUCCCAGGUAUCAUUCCUGCUCCACGACUGAUUGUUAGUGGCGAUGGCCAACCAAGCAUCGGAAGCGUCAUUGGCAACCGCCAGAUUCCCUUGACGGUAUCGGUGCUCAACCCUCUCCAGACAUCGCUUUCGAUCAACGAUAUCUCUGCACAAGUCUUCUGGCGCGAGAAUUUCUUUGGAGCCAUCAAGGCCAACACGGCGUUCUCGAUCCCUGUCGGAAGCACACUCCCAUCACCUGCGCUGAUCCUUCAGGCGCCCACGGGUUUCCAAUUUGGUGUGUUCAUGGUGACAACGUUCUUGCCUGCCAACUUGGGUGUACUGACGGGCACGAUCGUGAACGUGGACUUGACCUCGAGCAUCGGGGUGUCAGUCGGCGGAGUCAGCAAUGUCGGCUACUCAUCCACGAUCAGUUAUAACCAGACCGCAGUGCCAGCGUUCUUGAAACUCAGCAUGGGCUUUGCGAACGGGCUCAAGAGACGCACAGAGGACCUGGGCUCGCUCUUGCCACGCGCUGAGCCUUCCCUGGAGAGCGGCAUGGAGUAUGUGCAAUGGCUGAAGGACACACUCUUUGCGGCAUACCCUGAAGAGGCGAAGCGGUAUGUCGAAAGCUUGAAUCAGUAG